AUGGAGGAUUUAGAUUGUCCGGAAUGCGUCGCCUUGAAUGGCUCGUUCUACAACGGCUCUGCAAAUUUCACGUUUAUCAACAAAUUUUACUUCUACCAGCUAUUGUCACGCGCUGAUAAUAUUCUACUGAUCAGCACCCUCAGCUAUAGCAAUUUAUCAUUUAAACAUAGUUUGUAUAAAAUUAUUAUAUUAUUGUUUCAGACUGCUCAAGUAGCCGUCCUCUGGAUCCUUCUGGUAGCGAUAGUGGCUGGCAACGCCACGGUCGUUCUCGCCCUCCUUCUCACCAAGUCCAGGAAGAGCAGGAUGAACUUCUUCAUCAUGCAGCUGGCUAUAGCUGAUUUGUGGGUCGGCCUUAUAAGCGUAUUGCCGGACCUGGUCCAGAGGAUGACCAUUUCUUGGCUAGCGGGCUCCUUGGCCUGCAAGCUGGUCAAAUAUUUACAGGGUGUAGUAACGUAUUCCUCAACCUACGUGCUAGUGGCAUUGAGUAUAGACAGAUGCGAUGCCAUUACGCAUCCCAUGAAUUUCACAGGGAGCUGGAGAAGAGCGCGAGCCCUAAUAAUAGGGGCUUGGCUGGUCAGCUUCCUAUUUUGCAUUCCAAUGCUCAUCCUAUUCGAUGAAGACAAAAUACAAGGCACCCUCCAAUGCUGGUCAAGCAUCAGCAAGCUCCAAUGGCGGAUAUGGAUGACCAGCGUCUUCGUCUCACUCUUCGUGGCGCCAGCCCUCACGAUAUCCGCUUGCUACGGAGUCAUAGUCAUCACUAUACGACAGAAGAGUAGAAGAGUGCUUGGGAAGAGAACAACUGCCAGUAGACAGAAUAGCGAUGACUUGGACUCACGCCGCGCGAGCAGCCGCGGCAUCAUUCCAAAAGCGAAGAUCAAAACUGUCAAAAUGACAUUCGUCAUCGUGUUUGUGUUCGUACUAUGCUGGUCCCCCUACAUGAUCUUCGACCUACUCCAAGUAUACGACUACGUGCCAGACACGCAGGCCAACGUGGCCAUCGCGUCCCUCAUCCAGAGCCUCGCGCCGCUCAACUCCGCGGCGAACCCCGUCAUCUACUUCAUAUUCUCCAACAGAAUAUUCCUCAGUUUAAGGAACAUCCCCCCCUACAAAUGGUUGUGGUGCUGGGUGCGCGCGAGCGAUAGUCCCGUCGGCAACGAGUCGCGCGCGCACACGGAGCUGCUGACGUCAUCACACAGGCGGACGAGGCGCGACCUUACAGUCAGGGUAAAGGAAGAAAGCCUAAAGUUCCCCAAGCACCGCCUGAACCAGUGCAGCACCAACUCCCGCAAGGUUCGGCUCCACCUACCGGAGCAUCAGAACAACAACUGCCACCCGCAACGGAUCAGAGAGGACACCUUCUUAUAGACUAAGUUCGUAUUACUAGUGUAGUAAGGUUGAAAACUGAUAAGUUGCAUAUGUCUUUGUUCCUAAACUCAUAUACAGAAGAUCUAGUGAACUGACAAUGAUACUUUAGUUUCUACUGUGGAAUAGGGUACCUACUUUUAUCAAGCGAUUUGCACAAAUACUAGAACGCAACAAUAACAACCGUCUGAGAGGCACCAGUAUAAACUGGUCUCUCGCAGAUCCUACAAUAUGACACUUCAUGGGCAAUAGAAUGAUUCAAACCUGGAACGAACUCCCAGAGGACAUAGUAUCGGUCCAAAACGUAUUGACGACGAAUCAACGAAAUUAACGAUAAAAUAGACAAGCACAAUCAAGGUAAAAUUUUACGAGUACCGCCUGAACUAGUGCAGCACCAACUCACGCAAGGUGCAGCUCCAUCUGCCGGAGGAUCAGAACAACUGCCACCCGCAGCGGAUCAGAGACACCUUCUUAUAGACUUACCCCCUUAUUCAUAAACGUGUACUAAAGUUACGAUGCCUCUGAUCAUCGUUUGUCCCUUUCCAUC